AUGUCCUCGACUGAUUCUGUCGACGAAAAGGCCAAAGCCAGUCCAAAACGGAGCUUCUGGUCUAGGAAACCCAAGGACGUGGAAAAGGCCUCCGAUACAGAUUCAGAAACGACCGCGACAACUGAUGUCCCUCCUGCAGAGCCAGCUGUGCCUCCCGUUUCCUUCACCCAACUAUUUCGGUUUUCCACUCCAUUAGAACUUUUCCUAGAUGCUAUUGGCCUUGUCGCUGCCGCCGCUGCGGGUGCCUCUCAACCGCUCAUGACAAUUUUGUUCGGAAAUCUCGUCAACCAAUUCGUUCAUUUCGGCGUCGUCAUCAUGAACCUUAACAAUCCCGACUCCAACACCGCUGCCACAGCCCAGGCUGCGCUUCCAGGGGCUGCAAGAGCCUUCAGACAUGAAGCUAGCAAACUCGCAACUUAUUUGGUUAUUAUCGGCGUGGGAAUGUUCGUUUGCACCUACAUUUACAUGUACCUCUGGGUGUACACUGCUGAAGUCAACGCCAAGCGGAUACGCGAACGUUACCUCAAAGCCGUUCUGAGACAAGACAUUGCUUUCUUCGACAAGGUUGGCGCUGGUGAAGUCGCAACUCGCAUUCAAACGGACACACAUCUCGUUCAACAAGGAAUAUCCGAGAAAGUUGCAUUGGUUGUCAAUUUCCUGGCUGCCUUUGUAACUGGAUUCGUCGUGGCUUACAUCCGCAACUGGAGGCUUGCCCUAGCCAUGAGCUCGAUUUUACCCGCUAUCGCUGUCACUGGAGGGGUUAUGAACAAAGCGAUCUCAAAGUAUAUGCAGCUGUCUUUAAAGCAUGUAGCCGACAGCGGCAGUAUGGCAGAGGAGGUGAUUUCCACCAUCCGCACAGCUCAGGCGUUUGGGAGUCAAAAGACGCUCUCCGGUCUCUAUGAUCGUCACAUCGCUCAGUCCGAGACCUCGGAUCUCAAGGCAGCCGUAUGGCAUGGUGCAGGACUUUCUGUUUUCUUCUUCAUUAUAUAUAGUGCAUACGCCCUAGCAUUUAGCUUUGGAACCACACUCAUUAACUCAGGCCAUGCCUCUCCAGGAGCGGUCAUUAACGUUUUUAUGGCCAUCUUGAUUGGAUCUUUCAGCUUGGCUCUUCUGGCACCAGAAAUGCAAGCCAUCAACCACGGUCGAGGAGCUGCUGCCAAACUCUUUUCCACCAUUGACCGCGUUCCUGAUAUCGAUUCCGCCAACCCAGACGGCUUGAAGCCUGAUAAUGUCGACGGCGAGAUUGUCGUCGACAACGUUUUCUUCAGCUACCCGUCGCGUCCCACCGUCACAGUCGUGAAAGGUCUUUCCUUGUCGUUCCCAGCCGGUAAAACUUGUGCAUUGGUUGGCGCUUCAGGAUCUGGCAAGUCGACAAUUGUGUCGCUGGUUGAACGAUUUUAUGAUCCAACAAGUGGCGUUGUGACUCUGGAUGGUGUCAACGUUAAAGAUCUCAACCUGAAGUGGUUGCGAUCGCAAAUUGGCCUCGUCUCUCAGGAGCCCACACUCUUUGCCACAACUAUCAAAGGCAACGUCGCCCACGGCCUCAUCAAUACGAAAUACGAACACGCUUCGGAGGAAGAAAAAUUCGCCCUCAUCAAAGAAGCUUGCAUCAAAGCCAACGCUGAUGGGUUCAUCUCCAAAUUGCCCAACGGCUAUGAUACCAUGGUCGGUGAACGUGGAUUCCUUCUCAGUGGCGGUCAGAAACAGCGUGUUGCUAUUGCUCGGGCCAUUGUCUCCGAUCCUCGCAUCUUGCUUCUCGACGAGGCUACUAGUGCACUUGAUACUCAGUCCGAAGGCAUUGUUCAAGACGCCCUCGAUAAGGCUGCAGCAGGCCGCACGACAAUCACUAUUGCCCAUCGUCUGUCUACCAUCAAGGACGCAGAUAUGAUCUUUGUAAUGGGCGACGGAUUGGUCCUUGAAAAGGGUACCCACGAUGAACUCCUUUCAGACGAGAACGGGGCUUAUGCAAGGCUCGUUCAUGCACAGAAACUUCGUGAAGUUCAAGACCGCGAGGGUGCUGAAUCUCAGGACGAUGAAGCGGAGGCUACGGCUCAAGCAGCAGCGGAGUUGGAGAAGGCUGCGCGAGAAGAAAUCCCACUCGGUCGCAAAAACACCGGUCAACAUUCCCUUGCUAGCGAUCUUAUCGAGAAGCGUCUCCAAAAUCAAAAAGAGCAUGACAAGGAGCAAGAUUACAGUUUGUUCUAUCUGUUCAAGCGGGUUGGGCGUAUGUAUCGGGAAGGGUGGCGGAGCUACUUCUUGGGCUCGGUUUGCGCUAUUGGAACUGGCGGCGUAUUCCCGGCUUUCGGGAUUGUGUAUGCGAAGGGUAUCAAUGGUUUCGAAUUGGAGGGUCAUGCUCGUCGACACGCAGGCGACCGCAAUGCCCUUUGGUUCUUCAUCAUCGCCAUCCUCUCUACAUUUUGUAUCGGAUUCCAGAACUACUUGUUCUCCUCUGCCGCAGCUACUCUAACAAUGCGACUUCGUCAACUCAGCUUCAAAGCCAUCCUCCGACAAGAUAUCGAGUUCUUCGAUAAAGACGAGAACAGUGCAGGCGGUCUGACCUCUUCUCUCAGCGAUAAUCCCCAAAAAGUUAACGGAUUGGCUGGAGUGACGCUCGGCGCUAUCGUGCAAAGUUUCGCCACACUUCUGGCCGGCGCUAUCAUUGGUCUGGCGAUCAUUUGGCAACUCGGUCUUGUCGGUCUCGCAUGUACACCAUUCCUUGUUUCCGCUGGCUAUAUUCGUCUCCGUGUUGUCGUCUUGAAAGACCAGAAAAACAAGAAGGCCCAUGAGGCCUCUGCGCAACUUGCUUGUGAAGCCGCAGCAGCUAUCCGCACUGUGGCUUCUUUGACGCGUGAAGAUGACUGUUGCGACUUGUACAGCCAGAGUUUAGAAGAGCCGCUGCGCGAGUCAAAUCGCACCGCCAUUUGGAGUAAUCUUCUCUACUCGCUGUCGCAAAGUAUGAUCUUCUUCGUUAUUGCACUCGUAUUCUGGUACGGUGCAGUGCUGGUUUCCCGGCGCGAAGCUUCUACCUUCCAAUUUUUCGUCGGUCUUAUGUGUUCUACAUUCUCCGCGAUCCAGGCCGGAAAUGUCUUCUCCUUCGUUCCCGACAUGUCGUCUGCCAAGGGUGCUGCCUCAGAUAUCAUUCGACUUUUGGACGCUGUUCCUGAAAUUGAUGCUGAAUCGUCAGCCGGGAAGAAAGUCGACCCGAGUGUGGCGAAAGGCCAUCUCCGUCUCGAAGGCAUCCAUUUCCGUUAUCCUACCCGCCCUGCCGUCCGUGUUCUCCGCGAGUUGUCUAUUGAGGUUCAGCCUGGGACAUAUAUCGCAUUAGUCGGCGCUAGUGGUUGCGGCAAGAGCACUGUAAUCCAACUGAUCGAGCGUUUCUACGAUCCUCUCGCUGGGGAAAUAUUCUUGGACGGUGAACUCGUUACCGAACUGAAUAUUCAAGAGUACCGGAAACAGAUCGCUCUUGUUUCUCAAGAACCCACACUCUACGCUGGAACAAUACGAUUCAAUAUCUUACUCGGCGCCAUCAAGGAAGAUAUCACCCAGGAAGAGUUGGAGAGUGCUUGCCGCGACGCGAACAUUCUCGAAUUCAUUCAGUCACUCCCAGAUGGCUUUGACACUGAAGUCGGAGGCAAGGGAAGUCAACUAUCGGGCGGACAGAAGCAGCGUAUCGCUAUCGCGCGUGCCUUGUUGAGGAAUCCUAAAGUACUCUUGUUGGAUGAGGCGACCUCUGCGCUCGACUCCAACUCAGAAAAAGUCGUACAGGCCGCCCUCGACCAAGCAGCCAAAGGUAGAACAACUAUUGCCAUUGCGCAUCGGUUGUCGACCAUUCAAAAUGCGGACCGGAUCUACUUCAUCAAAGAAGGACGAGUAUCUGAAUCCGGAACUCAUGACCAAUUAUUAGCAAGACGGGGAGAUUAUUUUGAAUACGUGCAACUACAGGUUCUUUCGAAACGAGACCACGCAUAG